AAAUCACAAUGAAAACUCUUGUAUUCUUCUUUAUUAUGACUCUCAGUGUUUGUGUCCUGGCUAUGCCAGAGACAAGGUCUUACCACCAUGAUCACUACAGAAACAGAAAUGAAGUUAUGAACACGAUCAAAGCAAUGUCACCACCACAAGGCACAGCACUUGUCUCUGAUAAUUAUAAAAGUAUUCUGGAUAACAUUAAAGUUGAAGUUAAUGGAACUGAAAUUUGCGUUUACUACUUACUAGUCAAGCUUGGCUGUGUUGAUCUUCACAAAGCAUGUGGAAUAAAGGUUGGUCCAGUAACUAUUGGUUGUGCUGAUGAUGAGGAGAACUAUCUUGGAUUAUGCUAUAAGAAGUGCUCUCUUCUUGCUAGUGCAGAUUUUCCAUUACGCACAGCAACAAACACAUGCGCAAAGGACGGAUGUGAUGAAGAUGAAGAAAAUGAUGCUGGUCUGUGUUAUCCAAAAUGCAAAGAAAACUACAUGGGAGUUGCUACAGUUUGCUGGGGAUACUGUAGCUAUUUCUGUGGACCAGAGUAUGAUGACAUGGGCCUAUACUGCUACCAGUGGUGGCCACCAAAGAGCUGUUACAAGCCAAGGUAUGAUAGAGGUGCUGGUACACUACCUUACAAACCCUGGACCAAUGGAAUGGGAUGCAAUGGGUUUGGUGUGAAUAAUCAAGGAGGAUGUGCAAAGAUUGAUAUCUCUGGUAAAGUUCCCAUUGAUCUUGGAUGCAACAAACAAUGAACUGCUCUAAUGUAAUAAGUGCAUGAAGAAGCAAUAUAGGACUUUUUAUUAAUUAAAUAUUUUUGUUAGGACUAUUUUUUGAUGCUUCUCUUUUCAUGCAACUUUUUUCUAAACAAUUACUGAAACCUCA